ACCACUGGCUUGGUUGGAUUAGCUGUAUCCCAGAAUCCACAUGAGCGCUUGAAUAUAUUGUAUACAAAGAUCCUUGCUGCCCUGCAGACCAUUCCAAACGAUGCAGCAUACCGGAAAUACACAGAACAGAUCAUCAGUGAACGAUAUAAUGCAGUAAAGACUGAAUCCAAUGUUGAGAAACUGGAGCAGAAAAUGAAUUGUGGCCAAAUUGAAGAAGUCAUUCAACAGGCUGAGAAUGAAUUAUAUCUGGCAAGAAAAAUGUCUGUGUGGAAACCUUGGGAGCCUUUAAUUGAAGAAUCUCCUGCAGAUCAGUGGAAGUGGCCAGUCUAG